AUGGCAUCCACAGGCGCUGUCGCUUGUGUCCUCCUCCUGGCCCUGGUGGAGGUUGUGGCCACUGCUGAUUACGACGUGCCACCACCACCAUCUUAUGUUCCCAAACCGGUGACUAAACCACCCACCACAUACACCUCAUCGGUUAAGACUCCAUACUUACCAAACCCUGACAUCGCCAUUGAAGGUUUCAUCUUGUGCAAAUCUGGCUACGAAACCUACCCUAUCCAAGGAGCCAAGGUUAAGGUUAUGUGUCCUAUCGUGGACUCAUACGGAAAGCUAGUGGCCAAGGUUACAAUCUCGAGCUACCCAACCAACUUGAAGGGAUACUUCUAUUUCAUUACGUACGGACUCUCCCACAGGAUGAAGAACAUCAAUGACUGCAAAGUGAAGCUUGCGAGCUCUCCGGUCUCCACGUGUAAGACUCCGACCAAUGUCAACAAAGGUGUCACCGGAGCUCCAUUCUCUUCCGACAACUCCAAGUUCCUUAGCCGCGACAACUUGAAUCUCUUCACCUUUAAACCUUUCUAUUUCUCUAGCCCCCGCGUGGCUCCCAAUCCGGUUUAUUAG